AUGUCGAAGAAGAAAAGGGUGUUGUUUUGUGGACAAGGAGAAGGAAUAGAUAAUGUAAGCCUUUACGGAAGUGCAGAAGGAAGUGAAGAAGGAAAUGGAGUUCGUGAGAAAGAAUAUGAGCAAUUAUCAAGAGAUGAUGCCAGCCGAUUUAGCCUUACAGGUGAGAUUCUCCCUUCUCUUGGCGCCACCGGUCGUAGCAACCGCCGUGUCCAUCUCCGUCGCUUCAUUAUCUCUCCAUUCGACUCCCGCUACAGAGCAUGGGAUACUUUCUUGGUGUUUCUAGUUUUCUACACAGCAUGGGCGUCUGCAUUUGAAUUUGGUUACGUUAGCCAACCCAGUGGGGGUCUAGCCAUAACAGAUAAUGUCGUCAAUGGAUUUUUUGCCAUCGAUAUCAUUUUGACCUUCUUUGUUGCAUACCUUGACAAAAAUUCUUAUCUACUAGUUGAUGAACGAAGAAAGAUUGCUUACAAGUAUGCAAAAUCCGGGUUGUUCUUUGAUGUUAUCUCUACAAUCCCAUCUGAACUUGUCAGGGAAAUAUUGCCUGAUAAAUUACAGUCAUAUGGGUACUUUAGCAUGCUUCGCCUUUGGCGUCUCCGCCGAGUUAGUCACUUUUUCGCAAGGUUGGAAAAGGAUAGGAACUACAGCUACUUUCUGGUUCGAUGCGUGAAGCUCAUAUGUGUUACUCUAUUUGUAGUUCACAUGGCCGGUUGCUUCCUCUAUCAUUUUGCUGCAAAGUACAAGGUUCCAAGUAAGACAUGGAUCGGGUCCGUUUGGGAAGAUUUUCAUACCCAGAGCUUGUGGAAUCGUUAUGUCAUAGCACUUUACUGGUCUACAACCACGCUGACUACCACUGGAUAUGGUGAUUUGCAUGCUGUUAAUCCAAAUGAGAUGGUAUUUAUCAUGUUCUACAUGAUGUUCAAUCUUGGACUGACGUCCUAUUUAAUCGGAAACAUGACCAAUUUGGUUGUCCAUGCGACCUAUCGAACCAGGCAAUUUAGAGACACCAUCCAAGCUGCCUCAAGUUUUGCACAAAGGAACCACCUUCCUGUUAGGUUACAAGAACAGAUGCUUGCUCAUUUGAGUUUGAAGUACAGAGCUAAUUCGGAGGGAUUGCAUCAACAAGAGACCAUCGAUUCUCUUCCUAAAGCAAUUCGAUCAAGCAUUUCCAACUAUCUUUUUUAUUCACUUGUAGAUAGGGUGUACUUGUUUCGUGGGGUAUCGAAUGACUUGCUCUUCCAACUGGUCACAGAGAUGAAAGCUGAAUACUUUCCACCCAGAGAAGAUGUAAUUUUACAAAAUGAAGCACCAACAGAUUUAUAUAUUUUGGUCACUGGUGCGGUGGAACUUAUCGUGCGAAGGAAUGGAAUAGAGCAGGUUGUUGGUGAGGCGGUGACUGGAGAAGUUGUUGGUGAGAUUGGUGUGCUUUGUUACAGGCCACAAUUAUUUACAGUUCGAACCAAACGGUUGAGUCAGCUCCUACGUUUGAACCGAACUGCGUUUUUAAAUAUUGUCCAAUCAAAUGUUGGAGAUGGGACGAUACUCAUGAACAACCUUCUUCAGCAUUUGAAAGGGUUGAAUGAUCCAGAGAUGGAAGGAGUUCUGACAGACACAGAGCAUAUGCUGACUCAGGGCAGAAUGGACCUGCCUCUGAGUUUGUGCUUCGCUGCAAUGAGGGGUGAUGAUCUGUUGUUGCAACAGUUGCUGAAACGGGGCUUAGAUCCAAACGAAAUGGACGAAAAUGGACGAACUGCACUGCAUAUUGCAGCUUCAAAUGGGAAUGAACAUUGUGUACUCCUACUUCUAGAGUAUGGAGUAAAUCCUAACAUCAAAGAUUCAGAAGGCAAUGUUCCUCUAUGGGAAGCGUUACAGGGGGACCAUAAAUCUGUAAUUAAACUUCUCUCAGACAAUGGUGCAACACUAACUGCUGGUGAGGUGGGCCAAUUUGCAUUCGUAGCCGCAGAGCAAAAUAACUUAGAUUUGCUCAAGGAAAUUCUCAACUAUGGUGGAGAUGUAACACUGCCCGCACCCUGUGGAACUACUGCACUUCAUGCAGCAAUCUCCGAAGGAAACACUGAAAUGGUUCAGUUCAUCUUAGACCAAGGAGCUGAUGUUGAUAAGCCAGAUCUCCACGGAUGGACACCAAGGGCGUUGGCUGAUCAUCAGGGCCAAGAGGAAAUUCAAGUUUUGUUUGAAAAUAGAGUGCAGACAAAUAAGAAAAAGGUUCCCACAAUUCCGAAGCAUCCAGGGGUGCCAUAUGGUGGGAAGUCCAUUGCAAAGUAUAAUAGUGAGCCUACAAUACCUCCAUUUUCUUCAUCUUUGCGUCAUGAUGUUGUGCCACCAGUCCCUGAAGUCUCAUGGCCGGAUCGACCUCGAAGGAGGAGGGCGGACAAUUUCCACAACUCGCUUGUUGGGAUGAUGUCAGUUGCUAAUACUGGUGAGAAUGACAUGAUUUCAUCUCCAGCCCGUUUUACCACUUUUCCAAGUUCGCACUAUCCUGCUAGAUUGACUCUCAGCUGUCCAGAUAAAGGUGAGGUUGCUGGAAAACUAGUUGUAUUACCGAAAUCACUCCAAGAACUACUUGAUAUUGGUGCUAGAAAAUUUGGAUGCAUUGCCACCAAGAUUCUAAACGAUCGAGGUGCUGAAAUUGAAGAUAUAGAGCUCGUUAGAGAUGGAGAUCAUCUUGUUCUUGUUAGUGAUCCUGGCACUGAAAAUUUACAAAAGACAGAUUGA